AUGUCAGAAAAACCAACUACAUCCUCGACAUUUAAAUUUGAAGAGGAAUUCUCAAUCCAAGAAGAGAACUUCCCGAAAGAAUCUGUAGGAGAAGCAAUACAAGAUUCGAAUGGAAUAACCUUUGGAGGCGAAAAUGGCACCGGUGCCACAUCCGGCAGGCCAUCAUGUGCAACGAGCGAUGGAGGGUACAGUACUGGUCCUCCGUCUUCCAGGACGACAUGUGCAACAAUAAGCUACGGAAGCUGCUACAGCAGUGGUGGAACAUGUAGCUUCAAACCGACGUGCCAUCCGUUACCACCUGGCUUCGGAACACCAAUUAUCAAAAUUGGUCAUAGUCCUGAAUUUACGUUUGGUGGAUGGGAUAAUCCUACUGAAAACUUCGAUGUACAGAUUGGUUAUGAUCAGCAGCAACCUGAUGAUCUGGAUCUGGAGGCUACAUAUGCUGCAGAAGAAGACGAGAGAAGACAAGGGGAAGAUGCAGCUGCUUCCCCAGCAGUAACCCACUCAAGCUUCGUUUCAACGGUGAUAAAUAGUGACCUAGUACCCUAUGUUCCUCUACAUCUUGCUGCUCUCAAAGGCGACUGGAAUACUGCUUUGUUCAUAUUGCAAUCGAAUCCUGAAGCUGUUAGGGCUAGGAUCACAAAGGGUUUAGAAACAGCUCUUCACAUCGCGGCCGGAGCUAAACAUACCAUCUUUGUUGAGGAGCUGGUUAAAUGGAUGAGUCCAGAGGAUCUUGAGCUGAAGAAUGACGUCGAAAACACUGCCUUAUUUUUUGCUGCUGUUUCUGGUAUCAAAAGGAUCGCCCAGGCAAUGGUGGAGGUUAAUUCAAGAUUACCUCGGAUCCGAGGUAGUAACAAUUCAACAGCUCUGCAUAGGGCUACUUUGUUAGGGCACAGGGAGAUGGUGUGGUAUCUUUACAGUAAGACUAAAAGAAUUUUGACCUACCAGGACCGUGUAGGGCUUCUAAUUGCUGCCAUAACAGCAGAUCUUUAUGAUGUAGCUCUGGAUAUUGUUAAACAACACCCUGAAAUGGCUCUUGCUCGAGAUGAAAACCAAGAGACUGCACUCCAUGUAAUGGCGCGAAAGCCUUCAGCAUAUUAUAGUGGAAGUCAGCUUGGAUUCUGGGAACGAUGCAUAUUAUCUCUCCCCAGAAACUUGAAACGUUCCUGCGAAAGAAAAGUAAAGCAUGCACUAGCCACUGAACUUGUGAAGCAGCUAUGGACGAAAAUUCUGACAUUAGAAAAUGAUUGCAAGAUUGGUGAUUUCAUUAAAAAACCGUCUCGCUUAUUGUUUACUGCAGCAGAGUUGGUGGUUCACAGGCAGGAGAAGGUUUUCAAUCUUAUCUAUGAAUUAGGUGGAUUGAAAGAUUUGAUAGCAUCUCAUAAGGAUGACAACAAUAACAAUAUGCUUCAUUUGGCUGCAAAACUUGCACCUGCCAAUAGACUUAAUACUGAUACUGGGGCAGCUUUUCAAUUGAGAAGAGAGUUGCUGUGGUUUAAGGAAGUGGAAAAGAUCGUCCAACCAUUAUACAAAGAGAUGAGGAACUCUGAUGGCAAAACACCUCAAAUUCUAUUCACGGAGGAGCACAAGGAUCUACUAAAAGAAGGAGAAAAGUGGAUGAAGAGCACUGCAUCAUCAUGCAUGGUCGUGGCAACCCUCAUCGCCACCGUAAUGUUUGCCGUUUUCUCUACUGUCCCGGGUGGCAACAACAAUGACACAGGCCUGCCAGUGUUCAUAAAAAAAACGGCCUUAAAAGUCUUCGCUAUAUCAGAUGCAGUAUCACUUGUCUCCUCUGCGACUUCGAUCUUGAGUUUUCUCUCGAUCCUAACCUCGCGCUACUCCGAAGGUGACUUCCUCCAUUCUUUACCAAACAGGUUGAUCGUAGGACUUGCAACCCUAUUCAUCUCUAUAGCUACCAUGAUGAUCACAUACGUUGCAACAGUGUUUCUUGUUCUCGGCCAUGGAAAUGGAGGGAUAAAAGCUCAGAUAACUUUGGUUGCUGUCAUUCCAGUUAGUUUCUAUGCUUUGCUGCAGUUUCCUCUUCUUUCGGAUAUGAUCAGUCAUGCUUAUAUUUCAAGAGUAUCUUUUCGUUCCAGCAACCAACUCUUGCAAUAG